AUGGCCCUUACACCCCUAGAAAAAGCCGCCAGUGGAGCCUUGGCGUCGGCCAUUGCCAACACCUUGGUGUACCCGUUGGAUUUGAGCAAAACAAUCAUCCAGACCCAGGUCAAAAAGCACGACUCAAUGCUGCCUAGCAGCAGCGUGGAGGGCGACAUUAUGAGUGCCAGCACGGGAGACGACUCCGUUCUUGUGAGCCGCAAAAAGAACGCCUUGAAGUACAAAAACACCGUGGACGUGUUACAGAAGAUCCACGCGAAAAAGGGCGUGUUGGGCUGGUACCACGGGUUGUUUUCGUCCAUCUUGGGCUCUGCGGCCCAGAACUUCUCCUACUUCUACUGGUACUCGGUCGUGCGGCAGGCGUAUGCGCUGCUCACCAAAACCGCCGCCACCCGCAAGCAUCUGACGGUGCUCGAGUUGUUUUUGGGGGCAUUGGCCGCGGCCAUCUCGCAGCUAUUCACCAUGCCGAUUGGCGUGAUCACCACGCAGCAGCAGACCGACAAGGAGCACCGCUCGUUGUACCAGUUGGCCCGGGAGAUCUAUGUGCACGACGGCGUGCAUGGCUUCUGGAAGGGCUUGAAGGUGUCGUUGGUCUUGUGCAUCAAUCCGUCCAUCACCUACGGUUCGUACGAGCGGUUGAAGCAGAUUUUCUUUGAGAACAAGGAGUUCUUGGGGCCCUUGGAGAGCUUCUCGCUCGGCAUGUGUGCCAAGUCGCUAGCCACGCUCUCGACGCAGCCGUUGAUCGUGUCCAAGGCAAUGCUCCAGAAGAAGGUGGCGAAAAAAACGGCUGCAAAAGACAGCGGAAGUGUGGAGACAGAGACUCCUGAUCACGAUGACGACAUCCACUUCAAUAGUUUUGUGGAGGCCUUGGCCCACUUGUGGCAGACAGAGAAAAUCCGGGGGUUGUACAAGGGCGUGGCGCCGCAGUUGUUGAAGGGAGUCAUAGUGCAGGGCAUGUUGUUCAUGUUCAAGGACCAGUUGGACUUGCUCUUCCUUGCCUUUUUGAGGAUGCUCAAGGCAAGAAAGAAAUUGCGCAUUGUCUGA